UUGAGAAACCAGAUAAAUUUAUUUAUGAGGCAUCUGCCAACUUUAUUGUAUAUUUUUAGAUCCUUAUGCAAUGUAAUUGGAAAUAAUUCCAUGAAAAUAUCCUAAAUGUGUAACAAUGGUUUUAUACAAAUAUGCGAACUCUGUACGUUGUAAUGAAUUGGAAAUGGUUCAGGUUUUGGCAAUUCUAUGCAAAUACCUGAAUUACGCAAUAAUCUAUCUUGCAAUGAAAUUGAUUUUAUUGCAUUAUCAUUAAACCUACAUGGUUUUUGCCUGUAUGUACAGAGUGUUCCCCUUGAGGGUUGCAGUUCUUGGACGCCUGUGCAUCUACUUUGGGACCUCUCUGGUGCAGCAGUGAUUUGUAGUGAAUUUUCCAUAUUGUACCUCUAUAACCCAUUACAUGUUUGACUUGGGCUAAGCCUUUAAGGCUGGAGCGGUGAUCCUGCUGUCAAUGCAAAUACAAAGUUUCAUAGGCUUCGGUGUAACGGCUUUGGAAUUAUUGGCAUUUUUGUGAUAAGCUAUGGCUGCUGCAAAUUCACUGAAUCCUCCCAUGGCCAUUUUUUGACAUAACCAUUAGAAAAGUAACUCAUUUUUUAUAAAUAGCAGGUCACAGUUGUUUGACGAGAGAGCGGGGGAAAAAAGCAAACUAAUCCUGUGGUACUUGGUCCCCUAAAUGAACAAAUAAAUAAUCCCAAUUAUUUGAGGUGAGAGGGGAGAAAGAAAAAAAAAAAGAAAAAACAAGGAACACAAAUGAAUGGCUAUUCUUGCAUCAUGUUGCAUUCAUUUCUCAUGAGCAUUUCUUUUGUGUCCUCCGCCCUUGGUGUAUUGCUCUGUGUCAACUCCACAGGAUAUAAGAAUGACAGUGAAGGCUUUGACUCACCAUAGUCCUUUUCAACUGAUCUGGGAUCAAGUUCAAGGCCAUCUACUGAAAGAGAAAUAUUGAAAGACAUUGGUUUCUUAACAUUAGAAGAAACCAAUGUAUGAGAUAUAUUGAUACAUUGACAUUUUUGGUCUGUGCUCUUUGCCUAGGGUUAUUGGUGAGAAACAGUGAGUAGCAGAAAAACCUGCAAUGAGGUCCCUGAAUUCAACCUCCUUUUUGAACACCACUAUUGUGCGUCCUGAGUUCUUUUUCAUACGUGGUCUCGCUGGUAUUCCCCACACAAAAUACUACUAUUUCUUCUUGUGCUUCGUUUAUGCUGUGACUCUACUGGCGAACACUUUUGUCAUGCUUAUGAUUUACACCGACCACUGUCUUCACAGUCCGAAAUACAUUGCAGUGUUUAAUUUGGCUGUAUCUGACUUGUGUGGAAGCACAACACUCAUUCCUCAGUUGAUCGACACCUUCUUGUUUAAAUCACAGCUAAUAGCCUUCGAGGCCUGCCUGACUAACCUGUAUUUUAUUUAUGUCUUUUACGCGAUGCAGUCUCUCACUCUCACUAUUCUUUCCUAUGAUAGAGGUGUUGCUAUAUGCUUCCCACUGAGAUACAAUGAGAUCGUGACUAAUAAAUCAAUGCUGUUGAUCGUAAGUAUAUCGUGGAUGUUUCCAUCAGUUGCCACUCUCAUAUCUACAAUUAUUCUCAGCAGACUGUCAUUCUGCAAAUCCAUUGUGGUGAACAGUUUUUUCUGCGACUACGGACCCAUAUACAACUUGGCUUGCAAUGACAAUACUCCGAGUAAUGUGAUUCGUUGGACGUAUCCUGUGGUGUUUCUAUGGUUUCCGUUAUUGUUUAUCAUAGGCACAUACAUUUCUAUAGCCAGAGCAUUAUUGAAAAUUGCUGCGGCAUCCGAGCGCCUCAAAGCCAUGAAAACCUGCAGCGCUCAUUUGAUCUUGGAGAGCACAGAAGACCACGUUCCGUCCUCUGAUAUACGUGAACGUCAAACCACUGCAGUCCACAGAAUUUGCUGUCGAACAGAAGCUGAGUUUUGUGGACAAGCCGGAAUGAGCCGGAAGGGCGCACGUCAUGUGCAGAGUGUCCCCCUUGAGGGUUGCAGUUCUUGGACGCCUGUGCAUCUACUUUGGGACCUCUCUGGUGCAGCAGUGAUUUGUAGUGAAUUUUCCAUAUUGUACCUCUAUAACCCAUUACAUGUUUGACUUGGGCUAAGCCUUUAAGGCUGGAGCGGUGAUCCUGCUGUCAAUGCAAAUACAAAGUUUCAUAGGCUUCGGUGUAACGGCUUUGGAAUUAUUGGCAUUUUUGUGAUAAGCUAUGGCUGCUGCAAAUUCACUGAAUCGUCCCUUGGCCAUUUUUUGACAUAACCAUUAGAAAAGUAACUUUUUUUUUUU